GAAAAAUAUCACCUCGCGCCUCGAGUGGUGCUCUGGAUUUUUCGCUUCUGUGUAGAUAUUUGCUCGUUGGUGGUAAUUAUUAAACGAUUUUCGUACCAGAUUGUUUCGUGCGUGCGGUGUGUUGCGGCAUAAAGUGGCGGUCAGUACGGUUGUAUCUUCUGUAUCGGUGACGAACAGUUUACACUACAGUGAUAAGCUCGGCUUAUAAACGAAAAAAAAAAGAAACAUAGCUCUUUCGGUCAAAAUUAAUUCGUGAAAACUCGUAGCAGCGUGUCGGAAGCGAAGCAGUUGACCGUGGCCCAGUGCGUGUGAGAUAGUUGAAAAUUAAAAAUUCCACCAAACACAAGUGGACCGGGUGCGGAUUGCUGCAGGAAAUCGGAUAACAGUCUUUAAGAAACCGGAACCGAUUGGCGGCACACACACACACAACGCAGCAGCAGCAUCAGCGGUAGUUUCAUACCCCGAAACCACUUAAUUCUCGUGUUACGUGUUCGAGAUGCGUAGCGUGCGGAGCAGCUUCACCAUCGGGCGGUUGGCGAUUUAUCCGAAAAAUUCAAACAUUCGCACUGGUUCCAUCUGCCUGAUUGCGUCCACUGCCUCCAACGGUUAUCAGUUCCAACCCCACCACCAUCCACAAUGUAGCCUGGUAACGCUAUCGUCCAGCAAUCCCACCGUCACAUCGAGCGAUUCCACCCGGAGGACAAUCGGAACUCACACUCACAGCAUGAAAGCGUGUUCUCCCACGGUUCUACUGUGUGCCGGCUCACCGGCAGCGGAUGGCACUUCCUGUGCGUUUGCGCCACACCCACAGCGAACCGUCCUCCGCCGUUCGUUUCACGUCUCCGCGGUCUGUGAUAAAUCAUCGUCGAAAGAUGGUGGCAGUGGGGGAAGCAACAGCAACCCACCCGGCAGUAGUGGCACCACGGGUGGCGGAACCACCGCCGGUGGAAGCGGUGGCUCUUCGUCGGUCGGUGCCGGUGGCAAGGAUGGGGGCAGUGGCGGUGGUAAGGAACCACCGAACAAGAAGAACACACUAUCCUGCCCGAAGUGUGGAGAUCCCUGUACGCACGUGGAAACGUUCGUCAGCUCGACGCGGUUCGUCAAGUGUGAAAAGUGUCACCAUUUCUUCGUCGUGCUGUCGGAGGUCGAUUCGAAAAAGACAAUUAAAGACACGGAAACGAAGGGUGCACGGAAACCGCCGCCACCGCCCAAAAAGAUUAUGGAGUACCUCGACCGGCACGUCGUCGGACAGGAGCUAGCCAAAAAGGUUCUCUCGGUGGCGGUGUACAAUCACUACAAGCGCAUCUACCACAAUCUGCCACCGCCGGCCUCAUCGUCCGCGGGUGCCACGCAGCAGCAGCAGCAGCUGGAUUCGAUGUCGCGUAGCGGCGAUCUGCUGCACAUAUCCGGCAUCGGCCAUACAAUGAUGAGCUCGGCACCGUCCGAAGUGCCACGGCCACCGCUCGGUGCGGGCAGUUCCGGGCAUGGUGGGGCGCCGGGUUCGGCCGCACACCAUCCCGGUUCGGAGCUGCUGGACAAGAAAACGCACGAGCUGAAGCUGGAGAAGAGCAACAUUCUGAUGCUUGGCCCGACCGGCUCGGGCAAAACGCUGCUUGCGCAAACGAUUGCCAAGUGCCUGGACGUUCCCUUUGCCAUCUGUGAUUGUACGACGCUAACGCAAGCCGGUUACGUCGGCGAGGAUAUCGAGAGUGUGAUUGCGAAGCUGCUGCAGGACGCUAACUAUAGUGUCGAACGGGCGCAGACAGGCAUCGUGUUUCUGGAUGAGGUGGACAAGAUCGGUGCCGUGCCCGGCAUCCAUCAGCUGCGGGACGUCGGCGGUGAGGGUGUGCAGCAGGGCAUGCUGAAGAUGCUCGAGGGUACGAUCGUGAACGUGCCGGAGCGAAACUCGCCGCGAAAGCUGCGCGGCGAAACGGUGCAGGUGGACACGACCAACAUUCUGUUCGUGGCGUCCGGUGCGUACACCGGUUUAGAUCGUUUGAUUGCGAGGAGGUUGAAUGAAAAGUACUUGGGCUUCGGAAUGCCGGCAAGCUCAUCGGAAGGACGCCGGGCCGCACAGGCGUCUGCCUCACCGAUGGAUAACGAUCAAGUGGAGCGGGACGCAAAUCUGAAGAAAGUGCAAGCGAAAGAUCUCGUCGAGUUCGGUAUGAUUCCUGAAUUCGUUGGUCGCUUCCCGGUUCUGGUGCCGUUCCACAGCCUCGACGUGGAUAUGCUUGUACGCAUCCUAACCGAACCGCGCAAUGCCCUCGUGCCCCAGUACAAAGCACUGCUCGGCAUGGAUCAAGUGGAGCUGUCCUUCACCGAUGAAGCCCUCAAGCAAAUCGCCCAACUAGCCAUGGAACGGCAAACUGGAGCCCGUGGUCUACGUGCAAUUAUGGAAACGCUUCUAUUAGAACCAAUGUUCGAAGUGCCCGGAUCGGAUGUGAAGGGUGUAAGGAUCACGGAAGAAAGCGUACGCGGUGCAGAACCGAUCUACGUACGCCGAGGUGAAUCGAACGCAUCGAACAAGGAUCCUUCCGCUUCCGGUGAGGCUGGAAACAGUAGCAGUAAUUCUUCGGAGGAAGAGGAAGCUACGAAAGUACGCGUGAAGCAGUAACAGGUAAAGAUGCAGAAUUGUGGGUGAGUGUGAAAAAAACACCGGGAGUACCCUGACAGACAUUGUGAGAGUCAUUACUAUUUUGCCCAAUCGAUCGAUAAACGAAAACGUGUAUGAAACAUGUAUUUGUACAUAAGAUUAUUUUCACAUACGGCUACCGUUCCUAUUUGGUCUGUUUGUUCCGCUCUGUGUUCCAUUGUAAUACAUUUUUCGGUUUUGUCCUAUUUUUGUAACUUUAAUUGCAACAGUUGCAUUCAAGGUUGCUGGCUUUUUUGCGUCUUCAACGAUGAGGUGGGAUGAUACAAAUAUCAGUAAUUGCUUGUGUUGGUGCCUUUUUAAUCGACACAUUAGAUCGGACAUCAGUUCAUGAGCCUGGAGCGUCCUUUUUAGUACGAUCGAUAGCUUUUAAUUAUCGUGUACAGUUCCAAAUACUGGGGAUCUACGUUGAGGGAAGAUUAAACCAAAAUUUAUAAAUUUAAACUGGUCCUCCUCAUCGGUGUCACCGUUUUUCAUCUGACUAUAUUCCAAAAUACCGUUUGUAACGAUAAAAUUCGCUUCGGUGGCAUUAUGUUGGCAGGCUAGUUUAACGCUUAUUUGAAACAAACGUUUAAAAUGUCCUGCAAAUGAGCGUUACUAAUGACGCUAGUGAUUGCAACAAAAGUAAAAGUGAAAUUUCACCGAGGUGGAAUUAUAGGUGCAACAAAUUAACAAAAAAAUUCAAUAUAACCACAAGUACAAGGGAUGCAUCCGACAAAAACGAGAGCUAUCGUUGGUGUUUGUGAGAUUACAAAAAAUGUAAAGACAAACCCUACAAAAACCAUCAAGUUUUGACGUAGAUCGUCCAUUUUUGCGGACGUAGAUCGUCCAUAAUUAAUUAUGGAAAGUAAAAGCGGAACACAUAUUGAAAAAUGUUAACGAAUCUUUCAAGAGUUAUAUGUGUACAGCAAAGUAAUGUUGUGUAGCAUAAAGAAAAAAUUGGAACUCGCCCAACAAUGGAUACUAGCGGUGUGACAUCCCCACUAUACACGCCUACAACUGUGCGGAAUGGCCCACCGUUUCGCACUGUUAAAGCCUUUAAUUAUAUCUUUCAGCAUGCGAGCAUGAAUGAAAGUGUACAUGUAAUUAGCAUCUCGUGUGUAGAAGAAUAGAGUUUUAGCGUAGGGAUUUUUGAAUUCCUUAUUUGUUUUCUUUUUCUUCCCAUAAUCCUUUAAUUAUGUUGUGCGUCGGUUAAGGACGAUUGUACUAUGCAAGUUGAUUAGGAGGUAAGAGAAAUUAAAAGUAAUAAACAAAAAAAAACAUCGAGAAGUA